GCUGCUGCUGCUUCUUGCAAGCCGGAUAAGGCGAGUGCUUUGCACGGGAUUCUCCGCGCGCGCUGUCCGUGCAGGAUGGCUCUCAGCAGGAGGACGGAAGUGUUCAGAAAGAAGGUAUUGGAGAGGCUCUUUCCUACUCCUGUUCCACCUGGUGUGGUUUCUUCAAGUGCAGAGAGCGGCACUGCUCCCAGAAGUCCAGUUUCGGAGCAAGGAGGUCCUGAGAGUACCACAAUUUUGCAGCGACACUCCAGUUCACCAGGUGAAAAGCAUGUGAGUCUGCCUCCAAAGAAAAUGUACACAGUGAAUCCACCCCCCAGAGAUUAUAUACCAGCUUCUAAUAACGAACCCAGCAAUAGCAGCUCUGAGAGUGAUGACAGCGAUGCCAAUAUUCCAGAGGAGAAUGAUCAAGGACAGCCCCGGAGAAAGCGCACCCGAAGGAGGAAACGGAAGAAUGUUUUGCAAAACCCGGAUAAUUUACACGGAGGCCAAACAAAGUGUGGGAAGCAUGAAAAUCUGAUUGAAGAUAAUUUACAGCUGCAGCACACAGACGACACAAAUCUAAGUCGAAACAAAAAGAGGAAAAUGAAAAAGAAGCGGCAAAAGGAGAAGAUGAGAGCAGCUGGUUUGCUGACAAAGCCAACUGGUAUAGAUUUCACAUAUAAGCCCGAGAGGGAGGAAAGAACCGACUUUGAAGAGGCAGAUAGCAACGUAGAUGACAUUUUGGAUUUUUUGCAAGCAGCACAAGAAAUCUAUUUCUCCGACAACCGAUCUAAAUGUGCAGAGUCAGCUGUGAAUUCAGAAAGCGUAAAGGAGAUUUUGCAGAGUCUUGAAUCUCGCAGCAUGCCUUCGUCAGACGUCACUCUUUUGCGUGAGAUGACAUCUCCUGUACUUCUGCAGGAUGUAGAGAAACUCAAGGGGGCCGUGGAAGAGUUCCACACUAAGUCAGUGAUGCCUCCCGAUCAUGCCAAGGCAAUCUCUUCUCUGUUUCUCUACUGGAUUACAGAUAUCCUUCCUGGAAAGAACAGGAAAUAAGCUAAAUGUGCACAUCCAUCUGUACAGGGUUAAAAUGUAAUACAUAAGACUCUGAACUGUAUCUGAGAGUAUUCAGAAACAGCAA